AUGUCUUACAGCCUCAAGCUCAGCUCUAGCUCUCCAGAACCGCAUUCGUCGAACGUCGCUACCAGCAUGGCCCAGCUCAAUGUCGCGGAUGACGAGCAGAACUCGUUCUACGGCACACCGCCACUGGUGUACGACGAACCCAUAUGCGUGCACCAUGUCCCGCCGCCCUCGGCCAUCUCCACCAAAUACUACACGCUCGAAGCGCCCCCGCCCAACGAACUUGCCGGCCAGCCCCAUCUGAUCCCACCUAUUCCGACCGCGACCACCACACACACCCAAACUCACGCUCCCGUUCUCCCAUCAGCCCCCGCGUCUCAACGCACUGCUCCUGUGCCGCUUGGAAGCCACGAUCUUCCGAAACACAGAAGAAACAAAGACGACCCCGGCGGCAGCCCUGGCCAAAUGGCGCAGCCUGCGGCGCUCGUCUCGGAGCAACCGCGCGCCGGACCGUCAUAUCACGGAAGCCCCAUGCGCGAGUCUCGCCAUGCGGCGCACCUGCCCACCGACGAUGGUGCGCACGCGGACUCGCGCUCGUCGACCCCGAACUCUAGCUACUACGUGCCCCUCGAGGCGGCCGCGUGGAGCACGCCGCUCUCUGGGUUCUCUGAGCUCACCGCCGCGCUCCUCCCGCCGCCCGACUACGUCGUCCACCCCCCGAACGAACCACACCAUCUCUACAACGCCGGACCCCACUUCGACCCCGCGCCCGACGCCGCCGCCACUCGCAACGGGACGCGCGUCGCGCCCCACGAACGGCCGAGGACGCCCAAGACGCAACGGCGCCUCCUCCCGCAUGCGCACCAAGACGCGCCUUCGACGUCAGACUGGACGUCGGCAGGCGAUGGACCCAAGACGGAGCCGAACGAGGACACGCCCCGCGCGCGGUUCGUCUACUCACCGACGACCGCGCGGCGCAUCAACGUCUCCGUUGGCAGCGCCGGCCUCCUCCAACUGGCUAGCUCGGAGCUGCGCGAGCCCGCGGAGGCGAAGACGCGCCACAAGCGCCUGUCGACCACGAGCAAGGCGUGCGUCUUCUGCCGGAAGCGCAAGAUCGCGUGUGGGGGCCCGUUGGCGGGGGACGAGUCGCGGCGGUGCGGAUCGUGGCACGGGGACGCGGGCGCUGUCCCGGCGUCCGUACCUCAGCGCCCAGCCACGGCUAGAGAGGGGGGCGCGAUGUCUCCAGAAGUCUAUCAGGCGAUCGUGAGGCAAUCGGAGGUUUCGCGUCACCGGUCGGCCGCCCAAGGUCUCCGUUUCGCGCUCACUCAUCCCACGCUGCGAUUCUGUGGCAUGAGGGUGCUCGCACGGAAGCAGCCUAUGUCUCAGGCUCGCGCGCGGAGAGAGCAUUCUAUGAACGCCCUCCGUGUCAUGUCCGGUGUCGGUACGGACGCGCGCACGCCAAUGGGAAGAGAUGGUCGUCUCGUUCUCUUCGGCACAUUGUUGCUGGAUGCGCGGAUGGGAACGCUGAUCGCUCGAUUUGUUUUGAUUUCGCGGCUGCGCAUGACGGCGAGAGGGAUAGAACUACCAGUGUCAAACAUUGGGAUAGGUCAAAACGACACGCAUGCGUUGGGAGGACGGCGGAUGACCCAACACGCCGGGAAUAUCAAAGUUUCUGCUCGUCCGAUAUGUAUGAGUAAACCUUACGAGAAACGUAGCGUUUUUGGUAGCGUUCUGAGCCCUUUAGAAUGA